UAAGCGCUUCCCUUUGAAAUCUACCCCCUCCUUUUUUUUUUUUUUUUUUUAAACCAGGUAUGAUGAUGUCAAACGUGAUGCUGAUGCUACAGUUACAGACACGGCCCCUACUGGCGCAGCCUCUCUGAUUCUCUCUUCCUCUCCACGUCCAGCGCUGGGUUUUUUUUUUUUUUUUUCAGACAAGUGCAUCUCCUAACCAGGUCACAUUUCAGCAGCGACCCACACUAUCCGUCUGUCAUCGGAGACAGACCGCAGGAGGAAGGCUGAAGAAGACGAGGACGUUUGCCUCGCCAGCUGCAGGGUGGGAAGGACAUUAAAAUACUGCAGAAGUCAAGACUCCCCCACGCUCCAGGUCGAAUUCAGACCACGAUGCGCGCUCGGGGCUGCGGGCGGCUGGCGCUGCCGCUGCUGCUGCUCUCGGCAGCUGCCCUGGCCGAAGGCGAAGCCAAAGGGCUCAAGGAGGGUGAGACCCCCGGCAAUUUCAUGGAGGACGAGCAAUGGCUGUCAUCCAUCUCGCAGUACAGCGGCAAGAUCAAGCACUGGAACCGCUUCCGAGAUGAUGACUACAUCAAGAGCUGGGAGGACAAUCAGCAAGGAGAUGAAGCCCUGGAUACCACCAAGGACCCCUGCCAGAAGGUGAAGUGCAGCCGUCAUAAAGUGUGCAUCGCCCAGGGCUAUCAGCGGGCCAUGUGCAUCAGCCGCAAGAAGCUGGAGCAUAGGAUCAAGCAGCCUGCUGUGAAACUCCACGGAAACAAAGACAGCAUUUGUAAGCCCUGUCACAUGGCCCACCUUGCCUCUGUCUGCGGCUCUGAUGGCCACACUUACAGCUCAGUGUGUAAGCUGGAGCAGCAGGCGUGCCUGAGCAGCAAGCAGCUGACAGUGAGAUGCGAGGGCCCCUGCCCCUGCCCCACAGAGCAGGCCGCCACCUCUACCUCCGACAGCAAACCAGAGACGUGCACCGGUCAGGACCUGGCCGACUUGGGGGAUCGGCUGCGGGACUGGUUCCAGCUCCUUCAUGAGAACUCCAAGCAGAACGGCUCAGCCAGCAGCGGAGCCAGCCCGGCCAGCGGGCUGGACAAGAGCCUCGGGGCCAGCUGCAAGGACUCCAUCGGCUGGAUGUUCUCCAAGCUGGACACCAGUGCCAACCUCUUCCUGGACCAGACAGAGCUGGCUGCCAUCAACCUGGACAAGUACGAAGUCUGCAUCCGCCCCUUCUUCAACUCCUGCGACACCUACAAGGACGGCCGGGUUUCCACCGCUGAGUGGUGCUUCUGCUUCUGGAGGGAGAAGCCUCCCUGCCUGGCAGAGCUGGAGCGCAUCCAGAUCCAGGAGGCUGCCAAGAAGAAGCCAGGGAUCUUCAUCCCGAGCUGUGACGAGGAUGGUUACUACCGGAAGAUGCAGUGUGACCAGAGCAGCGGAGACUGCUGGUGCGUGGACCAGCUGGGCCUGGAGCUGACCGGCACCCGCACACACGGGAGCCCUGACUGCGACGACAUCGUGGGCUUCUCAGGGGACUUCGGGAGUGGUGUCGGCUGGGAGGACGAGGAAGAGAAGGAGACGGAGGAAGCAGGCGAGGAGACAGAGGAGGAGGAGGGCGAGGCGGGCGAGGCGGACGAUGGAGGCUACAUCUGGUAGAUGGCCCACGGGGAGCCGGGGCAGGCCAGGGUGCUGACGGCCGGGGAGACACGGCAGCAGAGACCUGGACAGAAGCAGGCAGAUUACAAAUGGAUCCAGAAAAUACAGCCUAAAGGACCCUGGCUCCAUUGGGGAGGACCAGACGUGUGAGUGCGCACGGCACGUGUGUGGAUGCACAGCCAGGAUGUGUGACUGCGUAUGCAAGAGUAUCUGUGUGUGUGUGUGUGUGUGUGUGUGUGUGGCAUGCACUGACAAAUGUGUCCUUCGUCCACACUGCUAGUGGCAGAGGGUCACCCAAAGGCCCUGAAGUCCUCUUGUAGUUGUUUUCUUCCAUUUGUUACUUUUGAAAUACGCACAUUCGCACAUAUGCACACCCUGCAAAGUGAAAAUUGCUUCAGAAUGGAUUCUGUGCCCCCUUGCCAGCCCCCCAGCCCCAGCCAAGCCGCCCUGUCACCCUGGGUUCCUGGACCUGGCUUUCUGUUCUUGCCUCAACCAGCCUCCUCCUCCUGCCCAUGCCCUUCCCCCGUCCCUUCUGGAGUUAGGCCCUGGCCUGGUGGGAUGGGUCCCAGAGGGGAGGGAGGGCAGGGAGCUGUCUGCUGGCCAGUUUGGCUCUGACAUUCCCCCUCCUCAGACUCAGAUGAGGUGAGUCGGGCACCCACCUUAGGGAGCCCUUUCCCUCUGCUGGACUCUCCUCCUAACCCAGGCCAGGGCGAGCAGUGGUGGCUGAGAAGAAGCUGGGGGCAGAUGCUGAGAGGUG